AUGUUUCUAAUCAAAAAAUUAAAUAAUAAAAAAUUUGUAAAAUAUAUUUUAUUAUUGGUAUUAUUAUCAAUAAAUUUAUGUAAUUGCAAUGAAAAUAAUACCCCAUCAACUAAUAAUGAAAAGGAUGAAUCACCUCUAUCUGGACAAUCAUCUGCUUUUAAGCCAUCACAAGAAAGUCUAUCUUUAUUAGAAUCAAUAGAUGGAAUUAUUGAAGCUGUAGAAGACUCUUGGAAAAAUGGUGAUUUUUCAUUCUUUAUUCCAUUUUUACGUAAAACCCCACCUCCAACAAGACCACCAUCAACAGCUGGUCCAACUGAAUCAAAUUCACCAAAACAUACAACUAGUCCAACCAAAACACCAAAACAUACAACUAGUCCAACCAAAACACCAAGACCAACCAAAACGCCAAAACCAACAGAAAAACCAAAUCAUACAACAAAACCAACAGAAACACCAAAACACACAACAAAACCAACAGAAACACCAAAACACACAACAAAACCAACAGAAACACCAAAACACACAACAAAACCAACUAAAACACCAAGACCAACCAGAACACCAAAACCAACACCAACACCAACACCAACACCAAAACCAACCAAAACACCAAAACCAACACCAACACCAACUAGAACACCAAAACCAACACCAACACCAACACCAACAUCAACACCAACAUCAACACCAACAUCAACACCAACAUCAACACCAACAUCAACACCAAAUUCAAAUAAUACAUUUAAAUAUGGAAUGCCAUCGGUUGGAGAUAAUCCAAAUUGGAUUGAACGUGGAUAUCACUUUUUAAUUAAUGCAGCAAGAAUUGAUCCACAAGGAUAUAAAAAAACAUAUUUUAAAGGUGGUGAAAAUAUUGUAGAUGUAAUUAAAGAUGGUGGUAUUUAUAAAGCAGUUCAACCAUUAUACUAUGCCAAUUAUUUGGGAGUUGCAGCAGAGUAUCAUUCAAAAGAUAUGGCAAGUUCACCAUGUUUUUCACACAAUGAUUGUUCAGGAGGCACUGCUCAAGAUAGAUUCGAUAAACUAUUUAUUGGUUGUGGAGAUAAUAGAAAAACACCUGAUGGAUAUAUAGGUGUAAGAGGUGAGAAUAUCAUUAUGCUUCGUAGUGACCCAUUGGCCACAAGCAACUUUUGGAUUUGUGAGAGUAUUCCAACUAGUGAAGCAACAUGCACUAAAGAUGGUGUAAACGAUGGUCAUAGAGCAAAUGUAUUCAAUGGUGAUUAUCGUUCUUUGGGUGUUUCAGCAAUACUAAGUGAACAUAAUUCAAAAUAUUAUUGGACAGUUGAUUUUGACCAACAAGCUUGUGAAGGUCGUGAUUAUGUAAUUCAUUGUGGUGGUCAUUUACUUGAUGAUACCUCCAUUAGUUAUGUUACAACUUUUUAUGAUGAAUCUUUACCAGAUACUGCCAAUAUUCAAGGUAAAAUAUUUAUAAAUUCAGAUUCAAAUUCUCAAGAUUUAACAUUACAAUUGGGUUCAAAAACAAAAGGAACUUAUAUUUUCACCCCUUCAAAUUAUAAUCCAGAUGAUAAAUACUAUUUUGAAUUCACUGUCGAUGAUGAUAAGAAGUAUCGUUAUCCUCAAGAAGGUUACUUGGUAUCAUUAAAUACAAUGUCUGAUAAACCAUCUUGGGUUGAAAAUUAA